AUGGAGCCCGAGUUACGCUUCUCCUCGCCCCAACCUGGAUUGACCCAGGAUACCGCAUCACCCUCAAAAGACAGGCGAAAAUCUGGUCGAGCGACGCGGCGACCUGAAUUAUUCUCACAAACCUAUAGUGAUGCCAAUGGUGCGACCGCAGGCGGCGCCAAACGAAAGCGAACGACUACCGGUGACGAGAACGAAGAUGAGGUUGAAGACGUGUCAGAGUUGGAAAGUGAGGAAGUAGAUGAGGAUGAUGAACCUGAUGAGGAGGAAUUGCGCGAGAAGAGACGCGCGGCUCGCAAGGCAUCCGCUAAGAAGUCCUCUUCUGGGACGAAAAGCAAGCCCAAGACUCAAGGGUCUCGGAGCGCGAAAAAGCCGAAAGUCACUGAAAACGGAAUUGGAAAUCAGCUGCCUUUGCGACCAGCUGCGAACGGGAAAAUGCUGGCCGCCCGGCCGAAGAAAAUGCAGUUGCAUUCGAUAGCGGAGGUCUUUGGCAAGGGGCGUAACCCAGAAACUGUCGCUGCGGAAUGGCUCACACAAUACCAGGAGGCGCAGACAACUGCGAUGCGCGACCUGGUUAACUUGGUGCUUAGGGCUUCAGGAACAGAAAUCCAAAUCACAACGGAGGACAUCGAGGAUGUCGACCAUAUAUCGCGACGGGUUACGGACGUUCAGGAGGAAUAUGCUGCUGAACGCAUAUCCGACUACCCCCUGAUCUCGAAAUCUCGAAAGUACCGAUUCUUCCAGCCUAUCCUGGAAAACUUCUUUGUGGCUUUGAUGCAAACCCUGCACCAUUCUUCGGUACUCUACGAUGACAAGGUCCUCUACGAAAAUCUCCAAUCUUGGCUGUCAUCUCUCUCUUCUUCCACCUGUAGACCUCUCAGGCAUACCGCAACCGCCGUCGCUUUAUCAAACAUGAACGCACUCUGCGUAAUUGCACGGGAAGUGGUCACUUCAGUUUCAACCUCUCGCAAGCAGCUGGAGAGUGAGAAGAAGAAAAAGACCGUCAACAAAGGCCGUGUUGAUGCGAUUAAGUCGUCUAUUCAAGAGGGCGAAGCUAAACUCGAGCUUAUAGAUGACCUGCUCAAGGACGGAGUGAAUAUCAUUUUCGUCAAUCGCUACCGGGACGUCGACCCCAAAAUCCGUGCACUAAGCAUAGCAGCACUAGGAUCGUGGAUGCGCACUUACAGAGAAUACUUUUUCGAGGGCCAAUUUCUUCGGUAUUGUGGUUGGAUUAUAUCCGACAGCGAUGUUCAUACGCGGUCCGUAGCAUUGCAGCAACUUUUGGAUAUAUACUCGAAUAAAGACAACAUUGCUGGUGUGCGUUCCUUUACUGAACGAUUUCGCCAACGAUUUGUGGAAAUAGCCACCCAUGACUCCGACGUCAGGAUGCGUACCAUGGCGAUUGAACUGCUUGACCUGAUUCGAGAUGCCGGACUGAUUGAACCUGCUGAUGUUGACACUGUUGGGAGGCUCAUCUUCGAUUCGGAGGCGCGUGUGCGCAAGGCAGCGGGCCCCUUUUUUGUCGCAAAUGUACAGGACGUUUUUGACUCGACGGUGGAAGAGCUUGCAGACGAGAUUGGUGAAGUGUUCGGGGACGAUGAAGAUGAAGAAGAUUUUGAAUCGCCCAAACGUUCAUGGAUCAAGUUCAGGUGUCUUGCAGACAUCAUUCAGGCUUAUGAUACUCCAGAAGACGAAUCGGCCCCUGAGCCAAGUAUAAAAGCUCGAGACGCCAUCUCAGGGGUCUCAAUGGACUCGCGCUUCGUUCUUGCCACUGAAGCUGUCUACCCACACUUCGAUGAACUUUCGAAUUGGCAGACUCUGGCUGGCUAUCUUCUGUUUGAUCAUUCCCAAAUUCCUGAUGACCCCAGUGAUGAUGACACUACUGGGACGGUCAAGAAGCUGUACAAAAUGCAGGAAGGCCAAGAGAUAAUUCUGCUGGAGGUAUUAUGCUGUGCUGUUAAACUCCGAAUCCUCGACGUUGCCAAGUCCGACAUUGAUAAACGAGGCCGGAAAGUAAAGGCGUUGACCGACAGAAUUCCAGAACAGCAAGAGGAAAUCGCUCAUAGUCUUGCGCAAAUCAUUCCACGGCUCUUGAGCAAAUUCGGCUCUACCCCAGAGGCUGCUUCCUCGGUUCUACGCUUAGAGCACUUUGUGGACCUUGACAAGAUUCAAGAUCUUCAGAAAGAUGCGACGGCCUAUACAUCCCUGUUGAACGACAUAAAUAAGCAAUUCCUAACCCAUUCAGAUCAGGAUGUUCUAGCUGAGGCUAGCGUUGCGUUCCUCCACGCAAAGAGCUCGGAUGAUAUGCGCGAAGCACUGGAGAGCAAAGUUCAAGAACUUUGGGAUGACAUGGUGGACACCCUCGGCAGAUUGUCUCAAAAAACCGAUGUUACAAAUGAUAACCCGCUACCGUCUUCAGUUCUGAACGAGCUUAACAACACCGUGACAAGAAUUUCCAACCUGUCUAGUGUAAUGGACUGCUCACAGAUACUUGAAACACCACUCUCCAACCGCUCGAAGGGUAGGAAUAAGAAGGAGCCAGAGGCUCCGUUCAACACGUUGUUGCAUCUGGUGCAAAGAGGCCCAGCGGUGGAGACACCAGCGGAAACUGACGACGCUGAGGAUGCAACAAUGGAUGCUGAAGUGGUGAUUAACAGUAUCAGGACGCUUUUGCUCUACUUCAUGUGGAAGGUCCAAAAUCUGCGAUCAGCUCUUGAGGGUGGAAAAGCCAAAUUUAGCACAGCAUACUUCGAGGCCCUGACAAAGAGCCGGCAGAUGUUCGUUGAGUCUCUCGUUACCAUCGUAAAAGGGCGGUCCGGAUUGGACGAUGUGCGCUUCGCUGCCACUACCACUCUUCUGGACCUUCAGACGCUGUUUGGCACACUGCGGAAUGUCGGCCUUGGUGUUGGGAAUGAUGAAGACACCAUCUUCCAGGCCCAAAGCUUGAUUCACGAGUUCGACGAUGAUGUCCAGGGUCUCAUCAUGAAGGUUCACGGGAUAGCUCUAAGAACGUAUGCAAAGAAGGCACGCGUUCCCUUUGAACCCGCCGAAGAUGACGCUCCGGCCUCCGACUCAGAACUCGAACGGGAACCAGUGGAUGACGAAGAGGAGGAAGAGCAAGCACUUCGCGAGGAGCGACUGGCGAAGAAGAUUUUUGCAGAGCAACGACUAUGCGAACUAACUGGAAAGCUCGUGCUCGCGAUCAUCGGGCGCAUCAUUGACACGUCCGGGCAAUUAAAGAAGAAGCUACUGAGGCAUAAGACACAGCUUGGUCCCAAUUACCGCGAAGUUUUGGUAUAUCUCGAAGACCGACCCGCUAAACGUGCCGCUUCACGACCUGCCCAGUCUAAAGGGAAGCAGUCUACUGCCCAAGAUGGAACCAAAUCACAAUCCGCAACCGUAUCCAGCAAGGGGCCUACACAGACUAAGUCCGAUGAGAGGAUUGGCGAAGAGUCGGAUGAAGAGGAACGACGCGACAGUGAUGAAGAAAUGGAGGAAGACAACAUUGACGUUGACAAGGACAACGAUGAAGACGGAGAAAACCAAGCCGCAACACCUGAGCCAGAUGAAAACGAGAUCAUGGGUGAUUGA